UUUCUCCCAAACGAAAGAUCGAUCUAAAGCAGCAGCAGCUAGCUAGCUAGCGUAUACAGAGAUGGCGGGUAUAGGCAUGGGCGGGAGCGGGCUGGCUGAAGCUUACGUGAUGAGAAAGAUGUACAAGGAGAAGCUUCACCGCCAGGAAGCCGCCUCUGCUACUGCCAAUAAGCACAAUGAUGAUGCGGAAAUCAAGAACAGUGUCGGCGGUGGGAAGCCAAACGACGCCGCAGCGGGGGAGUCGUCUGGUGGCGGUUGCUUCUUCAGUAGUACUACUAGCUCCGGCGGGGCUAGAGUUUCUGAUGAAAACAUGAGCCGGUGAUGGCUGGCCGCCGGAGAUUCUUGCUCCGCUGCCGGCUAAUUAAUCGUAUGAAUACAUACUGUUAUAUAUGUACUUUGUUUAUUCCCAAAAAGAGAGAGCACAUUUAAUUUAUAUGAAUCUCUCUCUUUUUUAUGGCUGCUGUUAGAGAUGAGAAUUCCAAGCUGAUUGUAAGUUGUAAAUGUAUAAUGGCAGAGUCCAAAUUAAGUACAUGCAACUCUUUAUCAACCCUUGUAUGUAAUUGAGCAUAGUCGCUUCCUGAAUGCCUUUUUUACUUUAGUAUGGUCUGUCUUCUAGUCUUUUCAAUGCCUCCUUCAUUGUUGCCAACGAACUCCUACUAGAGAGUAAGCAAGCUACUUUGCUUGUAGUCUAACUCUAUAAGCAGAGAGAUUUAUCGAGUCUACGAAGCUUCGUAGUUGCCCUUCCCGUUUGUGAAAAGGUUAUUAUGAAUAAAAAAGAAACAACACCGUGGAGGCUUAUUACGGAUGAUCAAUUGAUUAAUUCUAAUUUGGAUGUGAGAGAGUGUUUUUAUUUGUUGUGAAAAAAAUAGUUGACAAGGCUUACUGAUUAAACGGAAGUUUGAGUU